CCAAGUGCUGCUCUGAAAACAGCAGCCAGUUGUGUUUACCUCGUGUCCUGCUGUUUCGGUAGCAGUUUACUGUCCACCACUGAAUUUCAAGAGCUCCAUCUUGUCAAAGGCCCUUUAGGUUCAGUCCUCAUGAAGUCCUCAGUGACUGAGAGGACCUGCUGCCUCCCCUUGGAGAGGAGUGAGUGAGUGAGCGAUCUCCAGAUCUCUAACUUCCCGUGUCCCCCUUGCGACGAGCGUGAUGGCUUACCUGGCCCACACGGCCCAUCUGCAAUUCCUGGGCCUGCUACUGGGCAUCCUGGGCUGGAUCCUGAUCAUGUGCAGCGCCGGCGUGAACGAGUGGCGUUUGUGGUACGUGUCCGAUAAGUCGGUCAUCACCUCCGGGGUGGCCUGGGUGGGCGUGUGGCGCGCCUGCUUCUACUCUCACAUCAUGAGCACGGCAGAGUACUGCCAAGCCCUGGCCAUCACAGACUCCUUCCUCCCUGCGGACAUCGUACUGGCUCAGGUUCUCAUUAUGAUGGCCGUGGUUACGGGCAUUAUCGGGAACCUCACGGCUGGCUAUGGGAUGAGGAAGGUCUACUUUGGGCUGGGGAGGCGCCGGACCAUAAACUUGACCUUCUGGUCCGCGGGGGGGAUGUACCUGUUCACGGCCACAUGCUCCCUUGUGCCUUUGUUCAUGAACACAGUGGCGGUGCUGAACAACGACACCAUCGCCUUCCCACCGGAGUAUUACUUCCCUCCGGCCCCAACGAGCCAGGGCAUUGGCUCAGGAAUCGGGCUUGGCAUCGGGGCCUCUUUCCUGGUUGCCUUCAGCGGACUGCUCUUCCUUGUCUACAGGUACCCCAAGAAGGACCAGCAGCCCAAUGCUGAGGUCAGCACGGAGGGUAACGGCUACCUUGUUGACUCAAAGCCUUGGUCGUCUGUGGGCCUAAGGUCUAUCACUGAGGGCAGAGAAGAGAUCAGUGCCAAUGAGGGGGAGGACAACCCAGCCUUUGAACUAGAAGAAAACUGAUCUUCACCAUCAACUCCAGGUAGCAAUGGAGAACCUGAGUGGUUCUCAGGCUGAGAAAUUGGACACUUACUUUAUAAAAGCUGUGAAUGCUAAACAGUCCCACCUCUUAUUUUGCAACAGUGCUACACUAGGACUUUAGAUGUGAAAGAUUGCUGCACAUUGCCUGCCUGCACAGAUUUAUUAUGACUUUUGAAUAGAUCAGUACAUUCUCAGCUCUCCAACACGUUACAUUUCAUUCUCUGAUAGUGUUCAAUCCAGAACUAAUUUCCUCUGCUCAAAUGUAUUUAUUUCAUGAAGAUAUUUCAAAACAGUCAAGUUCAUAACACAAAUUAAAGGGAAAUUAAAUUCACUCGGGGAUGAAUUAUAUGAGUCUAUUGUUUGUCUAUGGAUCUCAUUAUUUUUGGGGAUAUACUAGUUUGGAAUUACUGUGGAAUUUGAUAUUGUUUAUUGAUAAAUAAAUAUGGCUGUUUAGUUUGGAAUUUAUCCACUAAAUCAUUUUUUUGUGCUUUCAUGCAAUCUGCAAUCAGCUUUCAUUCUUGAUUCAGUAAAGUGUCCGUUUCUAGUCUGGACAACACCGCUGAGGCUCAGUCAUUCUCCCUCACAGCACACCAGAUAAACUUUACAGUUGUCAGCGCUAGUAUGGGUGAUAUAAUCUUUAAGAGAGAUGGGGUCCAGCGUUAGGUAAGGUGAGCACAAUUACCCAAGUGCCCCAUGCUGGCCAUGGCCUGCCCCGCUGGGGAGCCUAAUGAAGUCUGCCAGGGCCUCCCUGAGCGAUGUCGGCUCUUAUUAGGGAUUUUUGUCCUCCGCUGGCCCUCAUUGACUCCUG